CGCUUUAGAAAUUUCCCAAUCCCUAAAACCCUUAACGAACAACCAGAUGCUACUUAACUUGAUCCGUCGUCGUAUUUCUCCCUCAAAGCUCUCACCUUUACGCUUCUCCACAACUUCCUCACCCGCCGAGAGACUCUACAACCAUCUCCAAUCAUCCACUCCCAACCUCGAGAAGGAACUCACUUCAUCAAACAUCAAACCCAACGCGACUUGUAUCAACGAGGUAAUCACAAGAUGCAAACCAAACCAAUUCCAAUUAGGUCUCAGAUUCUUCAUAUGGGCAGGAACCCAAUCCGGACACAGACACAGUCCUUACAUGUACACCAAAGCUUGCGACUUUCUCAAAAUCAGAGCAAACCCAGAUCUGAUCAAGAACGUUGUCGAAUCCCUUAAGAAAGAUGAGAGCUUUGUUAGUGUUAAGACCAUGAGGGUUGUUUUGUCUAUUUGUAGCCAAGCGAAGUUAGCUGACGUGGCGUUGUGGGUGUUGAGGAAGUUUCCUGAGUUUGGUUUAUGUGUGGAUACUGUUGCGUAUAAUGUGGUGAUUAGGUUGUUUGUUGAUGAGGGUGAUUUGAGUAUGGGUGUUAAGUUGAUGGAGGAGAUGGAUGGUGUUGAUCUUUGUCCUGAUGUGAUGACUUAUACGGCUUUGAUCAAUGGGUUUUGUAAUGCGGGUGAGGUUGAGGAGGCUUGGGAGUUGGCUAAGGGGAUGAGUAAGAAGGGAUGCGUGGUUAACACGGUGACGUAUUCGAGGAUUUUGGAAGGUGUUUGCAAGUGUGGUGAGAUGGAGAGAGCGUUGGAGUUGUUGACAGAGAUGGAGAAAGGAGAGGAGGGUACUAGUCCUAAUGCGGUUACUUAUACUUUGGUGAUACAAGCGUUUGUUGAGAAGAAGCGUGUUGGAGAGGCGUUGAUGGUGUUGGAUAGAAUGCGAGAGAGAGGAUGCUCGCCGAAUCGUGUUACGGCUAGUGUUUUGAUUCAAGGGGUUUUGGAGAAUGGUGAGGAGGGUGUUAAGGAUCUUUCGAAGUUGGUGGAUAAGUUGGUGAAAUUCGGUGGUGUUCCUCUUUCUGAGUGUUUUAGUUCGGCUGUUGUGUCGUUGAUCCGUUUGAAGAGGUGGGAGGAGGCGGAGAAGAUGUUCCGUUUGAUGUUGGUUCGUGGGAUUAGACCUGAUGGUCUUGCGUGUAGUCUGGUUCUCAGGGAGCUGUGUUUGUUGGAAAGGUAUCAUGAUUGUUUCCUUUUGUAUGAGGAGAUUGAGAAGGCGGGUGUGGUGUCAACGAUAGACACGGAUGUACACUCUGUUCUUUUGCUUGGUCUAUGUGAACAGGGGCGUUCUUGGGAAGCUGCAAAGCUGGCGAAGUCUAUGCUUGAUAAGAAAAUGAGAUUGAAAGUUUCUCAGGUUGAGAAAAUCAUUGAAGCUUUGAAGAAGACUGGUGAUGAAGAUCUCAUGCGUCGUCUCUCUACCAGUUAAUUCAACGGUCCAUCAGAGUUUUCUGAGUUCUUUAGCUUUUGCAUUAGUGAAGUUUUUAGUGAUGUUACUGUCUGUAUAGUUGAAGAUAAACAUGUUCCUCGUUAGCCUCAGUUUCCUAGGAAGUAAUUACUGAACCGGUUCAGUAUUGUUGUCAAAGAAGAUGAAACUGUAGAUUGUUUUUUCUCUGAAAAUUAUAUUGCAGUGAAGGGGAGGCUUCCACAUCUAGGAUCAGAUUCUAGCUUUAUCCUAUUGUGCUGUCCUUACUCUGCAGCUGAAGCAUUCAGUUCAUGCGGGAAUAUUGAUUCAACCUUUAUCGAGGAACUUCAGAAGUUAGAAGCUCAAAACCUUGGAGGCUCUUUGGAUACAACAAAGACCUCUGGGAACUGGAAGGCUAUGGUUGUGCACUUCUCUUUUGUUUUAUUUUUGUAGAGACAAACAUUUGUGCUUCGUUAUUUUGUUUGUUGCCACAAAAAUAAAUGGAUGGAUUGUAACUUACAUGUAUCUCUAUUCUCCAUAGAAAAAAAUAUCUCCCCAAUGUUUG